UUGACAAGAAGAAGAAUACUGUGCUGUGCUGAUAUGGCGGGUGGUUCAAAACAACAGCAUCUAGCGAAGCUAUCGCACGAUGUUUACAACACUUUACAGACACUUGGGUGCCCUCUGGUUGAAGGUCUCUGUCUGAGGGAAGCCGAGAGCAUUCAAGAACUCCUCUGCACCCCAUCUGUUCAUCGCACUGACAUUUUAAAAUGGAUAUGUGUCAGCAUUUUUCCACGGUUAAAUGCAAAGUUCGAUGUGCUAAAGAAGAAUGAAAGAAAGACCGAUACUGAUAGUGAUGUACUCGUACACUUUGCCUAUGAAUUGAUGCUGUGUGAUCUCGACGACCUGGAUUUAAUAAAGGGUGUUGCCCCUCCACUGCGUCAGCUUCGCUUCCUAGAGCGGCUCAUGAGUCUCAUAUCUGGCCCUAUACGCAGAAAUGGCAGCAUGACCUGUCCAGAUAGCAGUGCCGUCUCCUCCGAUGGGGCUGCCUGGUGUGGUGACAAGACCCCUAAGAGGAGUGACAGGCUGCUGAGGGAGCUCAUGUCCCAGCCUCCCCUGCUCCAGGAGCUGCAGACCUCCACCCUCAGCCCCCUGUCCUCCAGCAUCAGAUGCCUCAUGUCCGCAUCGACCAAGACCUCCGCUGCUGGGGGAAAGCAGCAGUCAGUUCUUAGGAAAGUCGGUGAGUCUGAGCUGAAGGAGGCCAAAGAUCAGCUACAGUCCACCAAGAACACUUUGGAAGAACUUCAGAAAGAGUGUGAGUUCCUGGAGUCUGAUGUGUCCGUCCUCAGCUCCCCGCGGCGCUCCCCUCAGCGCCCCCCUCUGUCCCCGUGCACGCUGCGUGUGGCCGCCUCAGACCUGCAGCAGCUCAUGUCCACCUUCGGCCACAUCUACUACGACUUCAAGGGCUACUGCGAGAAGCCUCCUCCUAAACCUCCCCUCCACACAGACACCUUCCAGACUGUCGGACAGCUCCUACAGGCCAGCAAUAUGGAACUUAAGGUGUAUGAACAUUUGACAGACACCUCAUCGUCUAUGACUGAUAUUUUAAAAGAUCUGCCGACAGAAAAGUGCUUUUAUACCAGCGGGGAAAUGCAGAGCUUAACCACCAUGUUGGAAUCACUGAAGAAGAAAUACUCCAGUUUUCUCUCCACCCAUCAUAAUAAGCAAGAAGAGUAAUCUAUUGAUCUUGCAUCUAAUAGAAGCAAUGUGUUCUUUGUAAAUCAUUUCUAAGAUUUGUAUGCCUAUUUACCGAAACAUGUAUCUAGGAUAUUGAUCGAAAACAAAACAGUUUGUCUUUUUAUAUAUGUCAACUAAUAAAAUGUCUGUGUUGUA